CAAAGUUGAUUUGAAAAAUUCAAUAACAAAAAUUCAUUUGUACUUAUUCUUGGUGCGCAUCAACAGUGUUUGAUCGUCCAAAUUUCAUCCGAAAUUUUUGUUAUUAAAAAAACUACAACAAACAACAAAUUUUUCUUAUUUUUAUAAGAUUUGUUAAUUUGAAAAAUUUCUCAUAACUUUUGAAUCUCAUAUUUUCUCUUUUGGAAGAAAAACUUGAUUUCAACAACAAUCAUGGCUGAAUCAACUCAAAUAUCAAUGGUUCGACAAAACUAUCACAAAGAAUGUGAAGCUGGUGUUAAUAAACAAAUUAAUCUUGAAUUGUAUGCGUCGUAUGUGUAUCAGCAAUUGGCUUUUCAUUUUGAUCGUGAAGAUGUUGCCUUGCCUGGAUUUCGUAAAUUUUUCGAUGAAUCCAGCAAAGAAGAACGUGAACAUGCUGAAAGAUUGAUGAAAUUUCAAAAUCAACGUGGUGGUCGUAUUUUAUUGCAUGAUAUUCCUAAACCAGUGAAACAAGAUUGGACAUCCGGUUUAGAAGCAAUGGAAGCUGCAUUAGAAUUGGAAAAAACUGUUAAUCAAUCAUUAUUGGAUUUACAUGGUGUUGCUACUAAAAAUAGUGAUGUACAAUUUGCUGAUUUUUUGGAAACACAUUAUCUAACUGAACAAGUUGAAGCAAUUAAAAAAUUGGCCGAUUAUGUUACACAAUUACGUCGUUGUGGUCCUGGUUUAGGUGAAUAUCUUUUCGAUAAACAUACCUUACAAGGACAAUCAUAAAUGGAACUUGAUAAACAAAAUAUCAUUAUCGAACAUCUGCGAAGCAAAUUUUAAAAAAAUCAAUCAAUCCGUAGUAUAUAUGAACAUCCUCAUCAUCAUAAAUGAUGAAAAAUUCAAGUUUCUUUUUUUUUCUUUAAAUGUUUUUUUUCUUAUUUUGUUAAAUCCAGAUUUGAAUAAUAUCAUUCGAUAGUUGAUAAUAAUGAUGAUAUUUUAAAAAAAUAAAUAAAUUUCUUUGAAAAA